GUGAAUGACGCGCUGCGUCGUUCGGACCGAUGGUUCUGAUCAGAACGUGAAGAACCGUCGCGGUGGUUCUGUCACAGGGGCGGAGGCUCGGAGACCCCGGCCCCCCGGCCCCCCGCCGCCAGCAGCCAGCGCGCCCCGCAGGACGAGGCGAGGAAGGAGGACAGGACGAGUCGGGUCCAGAUGGAGGCCGGUGCCGGGACCGAGUCGCCACAGAUCAGCGCAGAAAACUGCUUCGACAUUCUGACGCGAGCGAAGCGCGACGGCGCGGAGGGCGCGCGGCGGCGGGCGCUCGGCUUCAUGAGCCGCCACUACCUGCAGGUGCUGCGGACCCCCGCCGUGUUCGGCCGACUGACGGCGGCGGAGCGGGAGCUCAUCCUGGCCCGCAGGAUGGAGGGGACCAAGGUGCUGGCGGUGGCCGAGAGCAGCGACGCGUCCGACCGCGGCGGCAGCCGAGAGAGCAGCCGGCCGCAGAGCCCGCAGCCGCCCGCCCCGGAGGACCCCGAGCACCGCCGGGUGUUCUGCCUCCACCCGGACACUCGGCGGUGGGAGGUGCUGACCCGCCUGCCGGAGGACGUCCCGGCUAAAGGCUCCGGCAUGUGCACCAUGUACAACUACCUGUUCGUGGCGGGCGGGAUCAGGGCGCACGGGGACGGCCGCUCCAAGGCGUCGGACCGGGUCUUCUGCUACAACCCGCUGACCGGCCUCUGGAGCCAGGUCCGGCCGCUGAGCCAGCCCCGCUGCCAGCUGCGGCUGGUCUCCAUGGACGGACACCUGUACGCCAUCGGGGGCGAGUGUCUGUUCACGGUGGAGCGCUACGACCCGCGCGUGGACCGCUGGGCUCCGGUGGCGCCGCUGCCCAGAGGCUCCUUCGCCGUUGCGCACGAGGCGACGUCCUGCGGCGGGGAGCUGUUCGUGUCCGGCGGCUCGCUCUUCUACCGCCUGCUGCGCUACGACUCCCGCCGGGACGAGUGGGAGGAGUGUCCGUUCAACGAGAGCCGGCGGCGGUCCACGGACAUGGUGGCGCACCGCAGCCUCGUGUACCGCUUCGACGUGGACCGGGAGCGCGCGGGAGUGAGCGUGUACAAGUACAACACGGCGGCGAAGGCGUGGCACGGCGGCGCGUCCUUCCCGCUGGAGAACCCGCGGCCGUUCCGCUGCGCGGUGCUCGGGGAGCGGAUCUACUGCGUCAACCGGAGCCACACGCUGCAGUUCGAGGUGCGGGAGGAGCGCGAGGGGUUCGGGCCCGAGGUGCUGCCCCCCCCCGCAGAGGCCAGAGGAGCCCUGGUGCCCUUCGUCCUGUCGCUGGACCGGGACGAAUAGAGACACGCCCCUGGUCCUGGACCGGGACCAAGAGUGUGAAGAGAAAAACACAUGGAGCUGCCUUCAUCCUCAUGCUCCUCUUCCUCAUCGUCUUCAUCCUUUUCCUCAUGCUCCUCUUCCUCAUCGUAUUCGUCAUCCUCCUCUUCAUCCUUUUCCUCAUC